AUGAACUCCGCUGGUUUCGCUCUACGAAAAUGGAGCUCCAACUGUGCCGAGAUCCUUUCAAGCAUUCCCGAGGAACUACGAGAUGAACGAGCUACUCUGGAAUUGGAUUCGUCGUCAUCACCAGUCAAAACUCUCGGCCUCAUUUGGGAACCUGCUACCGACAUGUUUCGAUAUGCUGUGCCACAGUGGAACCCUCAAAAUCCAAUCACCAAGCGAAUCGUGCUUUCUGACACUGCACGGAUCUUCGACCCGCUUGGUCUUAUUGGCCCAGUAGUAGUACAAGCCAAAAUAUUCCUCCAUUCGUUAUGGAAGCAAAGCUGCGAUUGGGAUGAUCCGCUUCCGGAAGAAUUCCAGAACUAUUGGCUUGAGUUUCGUCGGAAUACUAUCGCGCUCGAAUCACUCAAGAUUCCAAGGUGGACCUGUUACACUCAAGGUCUAUUCAGUGUAGAAAUACAUGGAUUCUGUGAUGCAUCGGAGGCAGCAUAUGGUGCAUGUUUGUAUCUUCGCUGUGUGUUGAAUAGCGGAGAAAUCAGCGUUCGACUGAUUACGUCAAAGUCCAGAGUUGCACCAUUAGAAGAUCUGGCCCGCAAGAAGAAGAGACAGUCGAUACCGCGCCUUGAAUUGUCAUCGGCUUUGUUGCUGAGCCACCUCUAUGAAAAGGUUACUGGCAGUCUUCAACUCCCGCAUCAAUCAUUAUUUUGGACCGAUUCGAUGAUUCACAUGACCAAGGAAGGCGAAUGGAACCACGUUGCCGGGGUCGAAAACCCUGCCGACAUUCUCUCUCGUGGUACAACGGCUACUCAAAUACAGUACCAGCCGUCGUGGUUCGAAGGUCCCAUGUGGCUUCGCCAAGAUCGAUCAACAUGGCCGAAACCCUCGACAACACAUCCACCGAUAGAUUGUGCGUUGCUGGAAAAACGUAGCACGAUAUCUCUCCCGUCUCGUGUGACUUCGCCUAACGAGCUUUUCUCGCUCCGGUCAUCGCUCACUGAUUUGGAGAGCUUCCCAGAAGAAUUUGCGAAUUUGACGCGGAGUCGGCAGCUGAAAUCAUCCUCCAAGUUGUCGCUUUUGAAUCCCGUCGUCAUAGAUGGAACACUCCGCGUCGGCGGCCGGCUGGCAAAUGCACCGAUUUCAGAAUUUCGAAAGCACCCGAUGAUUUUGCAUCACCAACAUCCGUUAGCUGCACUAGUAAUUCGGCAUUAUCAUCUAAAACUCCUUCAUGCUGGUCAACAACUCCUCAUCGCUUCAGUCAGAGAAAAGUUCUGGCCUACAAAUGCUCGAAAUCUGGUACGCAAGAUUUGCCACCAAUGCGUGGACUGCUUCCGCAGUAAGCCAAAGGUGCAGGAGCAGUUAAUGGCAGAUUUGCCGGCUGUCCGAGUAAACCCCUCAGCAGUCUUUUGGAAGGUAGGACUAGAUUUGUGUGGUCCCUUCUACAUCAAGUACCCGAUCCGUCGAAGUCCAGUAGUCAAGUCCUACGUAGCGAUCUUCGUUUGCCUAGCGACAAAGGCGGUCCAUAUGGAGAUAGUUGCUGAUUUGUCUACUCAGGCAUUUCUCUCCGCCUUCAGGAGAUUCGUCGCGUGCCGUGGAAAACCACACACGGUAAUGUGCGACAAUGCGACUAACUUUGUCGGCGCCAACAGAGAACUUGAGGACCUCCGUCGUCAAUUCCUGGAUCAGCAAUUCCAGCGCACCAUCACUCGUUCAGCAGAAGACGAUGGCAUUCGGUUCAAUUUCAUUCCUGCACGUUCUCCAAAUUUCGGAGGAUUGUGGGAGGCGGCCGUUAAAUCGUUCAAGGGUCACUUCCGGAGGACAAUUGGUACUAGGCAGUUGAGCUACGAUGAGCUGAACACUAUCGUACAACAAGUUGCAGCCAUACUGAAUUCUCGCCCGCUAACGCCUCUGAGUAACGACCCCGACGACUUUUCGGCACUGACUCCCAUUUUCUGA